AUGGAAGGACAUUUAAGUUCUAGCAUCCCUUCAAGCUCAGUGGCAGAAGAACACGAAACCUCACCUAUGCAAAAGAGUAUACACUCCGAACAUUCGGAUGAUUCAGAACAGUAUAUAGAUGUACCACAUUCAGAAGAAGACAGUGAUUGCAUGGUGUCUUCGUUUAACUCUGGCUCCGAAAAAUCUUUAAACUUGAGCGGUACACUAAUUAACCCGGAAGAUUAUACUAUCUCGUCAGAAGAUGAUAGUAGUGUUAAUUCAGUGCAUAUGGGAGAUACUACGGAUUCAUAUGAAUUUCCAGAAAUAAUAUUAAAUGAUGAUGUUCCUAUCGUACCCGGGCCUGGAGAGAAUCGAGAACAAAUCCUCGCACCUUUGAUUAGUGAUGAAAAUAGUGAACCGGAAGAUGAAAACAGAAUUUUUUCGACACCAAUCCUUGCGACAACCCCAGAAAUUCGACCACCAAGUCCAGCAAUUUCCGAAAUUACUACUCAUUCUAAUGCAUCAGAAAAGAGAAAACGGACGUUACCACCUAAUAUUUCAGACAUUUUGCUUGGACAAAAUCGGUAUAAUAAUUUUCAAUGGGAAGAUGUCAGUUCACGUGUGCUUGUAAGAAGAUUUAUUCAUCAGGAAAUUUUAGUACCAUUUUUCCAAGGUUUCAGUUGGGCAAUUGGAAUGCAUCUUUAUCGUUAUCUACGAUACGGUCGUAAAAAUUCUCCAAUUUCUACGGUUCCACCGGCAAUAACCACAAGCCAUCAAUUAUCCGGAACUUCUUAUUUGCCGCAAAUUCCAAAUUUAACUGAUUGGUUUGAAGUAGGUGAAUGA